AUGGCUCCUCCAAUAUUGAGGAAACUCACGGUGGUGCAAUACUCGCGAUUGGCGGAAAUCGAGUUGACGAGUACUCGAUUAAGAGAGAAGGAGCGCAGCUCGUUUAAUCGGAAUAUCAUAGCUUCGCGAAUUGAGUCUCUUCAAGAAAUUUGGAGGGAUGUGCGUAGUGCGCAUGCCGAAAUUUCAAUUCGUGACGAUGUUGGGGUUGACGCGUAUAUGACGGAUAACGUGAUUCAGCGAUUACAAACGGCGUACGAGGAUACGCUUGAUUUCUUGCUAACAGUACAAGCGGAACUACAGGCUGCGGAUCAGUCUACUUUACCGACUGGACCACCGAUAGCCAGUUCUUCGAUAACACCCGAGCCUCGUGCAGCUAAGCUUCCGAAGUUAGAAUUACCUACGUUUUCCGGCGAAUACGAGGAUUGGGAAAACUUUUGUGACUUAUUUACCACGCUGGUUCACGAUGCACCCGGUCUUGCUGACGCGUCUAAGUUGCAAUACUUGAAAAAUUGUUUAAAGGGUACUGCGGCGGAGUUAGUCAAGGAUGUCACGACUACAAAUGCGAAUUAUACGACGACGUGGCAGGCUCUUAAGGCGCGUUUUCAUAAUCCGCGAAUGGUUGUGAAUAACCAUUUAAAGAGGCUCAUGGAUUUGCCAUAUUUAAAGAAAGAGUCCGCGAUAGAGUUACGUUCGUUUGCUGACGAAGCUCAGCGCAUAGUUCGGGCGUUAACGAAUUUACAAAUGCCAGUGAGUCAUUGGGAUGUAUGGUUCGUUUAUUUAUUGGCGGCUCGUUUGGACCCCGAAUCCCAAAAGGCGUGGGAGACGGAAUUGAGUGAGAGGGAUCGUCGCGUCGUAUUAGACAAUGUUGCGGAGUUAGACAAUUUUAAAUCCACUUGA